AAAAACAAUGAAAUCUUAUUUAGCAGUCAAGUCGUGAAGGCAUUACAAAGUCACAAGCUGAUUGAUUUCGGCUCAGAUUUUGAAUGCUAACUUUAUUAAUAUGUUGUAGCCUAUAUUAACUGCAAAAACAGCAUCUACAGAAUUCCUAUACACAGAGUGUGUAGCAAAGAAUUGGGACACAGCAAAGCACUUCCUGGCCUAGCUGAAGACCGUUGUGCCCAUGCAGGAGAAUACUUGUAAACACCAGUAGUUUUUUGGUUCUGUAUGUUGUAAAUCUGUAAAUUAAAGUGGCACUUCAAGGAUUUAGUAUUGCUUUUCCAUAAAGUUGGAAGACUUGCUAACUCGAAGCGGCAGAGGCUGAAAUAUUCUUUCAGUCCUCAUGUUGGAACAUACGUUUCCCAUAAUGCAACUUAACAGCGUCUUUCAAUAGGCCCUCCCUGCCUUGUGAACACCCACCAUGAUGACAUCGUGGGGGUUAUUUUCUCAGAUUUGACCAAACUCCUCCAGAGCCACCGAAGACAUUAUACAGCUUGUUUUCACAAACUCAGUAUGUCACACCACCUGCAUUACAAUUAAAUAUGGACAUUUUGAAAAGGGAACCCUAAGACAUUGUCAGCUGUCUGUAAUGGCAAGACUCUAAGAUAAGUGUUCCUGGCACCAGCUAGCUGAUUACAUUCUCCUGUUAUUUCAGGAAUAAUUGCCCCUGAAUUUACAGAGGCCCUGGAAGUAAUACCACCCCGAAAACAUCCAGCCCGGAGUCAAGUGCCUGAGAGCAUUGCAAGGAUUUAUAUAACAAUGGACCUUUGAGACAACAAUGAAUCAGUAAAACCAGCAGGACUGCUGUAUUCCACUUUGCCCUCAGGUUGUGCUCAUUCAGUGGACAUAUGGGCAUAUCAUGUUCACAUAAUAAAGUAUUUUCUUGACAGGUAAUCUCAUAUCAUUUAUUUAUUGUUGCGGAUUUGAAGCUAAUAUACUCGUUUUACAUCUCUUAAUUGGCAUUACUCUCGCGCCACCUUUUCCAGAUUAAACUGGCUUUCCACAGACCGAGCGGAGGCUCCACUGACUAGCAUUAAGGCAACAUGAAUCCCUGUCUAACACCCGGCUCAGAGCCAGCUUCAUGAGUUAAGUGAAAGGUGCGCGAGUUAUGCACUUUUAAUCGAAUUAGCUACAUUGUAAACAAUAAGCACUUGACGCCGGAUGACAACUGUACUAACUUGGCAGGACCCCGCGGUGGGAGGCUGGUAUCUCUCCCCGCCCCGGUGGUCUGAUAUUCGGGGAGAGUGUGCAGUGUGCCGGCGGGGCUUGGACUGUAAAUGCUAUUUUGAAAAGUGACCUCCCUCUCUCUCCGUGGACUGGGGGAGAGAAACACACACACACACACACACACACACACACACACACACACACACACACACACACACACACACACACACACACACACACACACACACACACAGCUGCUCGGAACGAUGUCAGAAGAUGACAGAUACAGUUGUCGCGGAGGGACAAGUCAAGUUCAGAGAUGGAAAAAAGUGGAAGACUCGGUGCGUCGUUCUUCGGAAGCCCUCUCCGGUCGCAGACUGUCUGUCUCUGCUGGUGUAUAAGGAGAAGAAGAAAGGGAAGGAGAAGGGCAGCAACCAGAAGGAGAGCCUCAAUGUAACUCUGGAGGGGAUCUGUGGUGUGGAGCCAGGGCCCGGAUAUGACGGGGUAUCCUACACCUUCUCCAUCCUCUGUCUGGCACACACGCUGGUCCUGGGCUUCAACAGCCGAGACGCCCUGCUGGCCUGGGAUGCCCGCGUCCGCUACAGUCUGGGAGAGGUCCACAGGUUCAGUGUAAAUGUCGAGCCAGGUACCAAACUAGAAAGCGGCCCCGCCUCCCUCCACCUGUGCAACAGCCUAUUGGUACUUACCAGAGGCGUCCCUCCUGUCAUCAUUGGCCACUGGAAGUUGUCGGCGUUGCGUCGAUAUGGUGCGGUGCCAAAUGGCUUUGUGUUCGAGGGGGGGACUCGCUGCGGAUACUGGGCUGGUGUUUUCUUCUUGUCCUGUUCAGAAGGAGAGCGGAUCAGUUUGCUGUUUGACUGCAUCGUCAGGGGCAUCACCCCCAGCAGGACCCCUCAUGGACUGCGCCCUGUCCUGCCAGCAGAUCCCAAUGCUGACCCAGUGUCAGCAGAGAAACGAAUCAGCCAGGAGGCAUCAGAGCUGGAGAAAAGACUCAGUAUGUUAUCUCAUUGCAGCCUUGCAAGCAGCACAGCUUCAACUUACAGCUGCAGCACAUCUGUUGCGGGGGACGACCAAAGCAGCAUCUCCAGCUCCUCCUCCAGCCAAUCUGAUGCGAGCUAUGGAAGCAGACUUCCAUUUUGGGCAGAGCUGUUAUCUAGAUCGCACCUCUCCAAUGAGACGCCGUCAAGCUCCUCCACGCUAAAUGCUUUGACCAGUUCAGAUGACCGGCUUUAUGCUGCUGUGAUGGGAAGCUCUGGGACGCGUCCAUCCUCCGCCCAGCUCCAUCCUCGAUGUCUCCAUGACAGCGGGCGGCAGAGCUCAUUAGACAGUGGGAUCGGGAUAGCGACAGGCAGUCAGUCAUCAUACUCAGGAAGUGUCUCCUCAUAUACAGGAAGUCUGGACAUGGCCAGCCAGGGAGGGGAGGGAGAGUUUGCCUCCGUGGCCAGCCUCCCUGCUCCACCUCAUCCUCCUCCUACACCUCCUGCCGUUCAUCCCCCCACUCCUCCUCUUCCUCUCCCUCCUUUUCAGUCCACACUUAGCCUAGAGCACAGUUCUGCUACCUCUCCCUGCUCUUGUGCCUCCAGAUCUAGCUCUCGUGCGUCCCUGGUGCACAGUGAGGAGUAUCAAAUGCCCAGCCUGCUCAGACUGCGGUACGACACCCCCAGGAGUCUGCUCCAGACCCUGUCCCUGAGGGAACCCUCUGUCCAAGAAAGCCCACCUGAGCUGCCCAGGGACAGCAGGAGCAGUAGGGAUGGAGUGGGUAGUCAAGGACAAAGGUUGAGCAACAGCCCCAAAGGACUCAGUGCUCAGCGUCAGGUCAUGAUGCAGCGCUCCCACUCCUGGGGCAGUGAGAGGGCGCCCUCUGUGGACAGUGAGGGGAGGUCCACACCUAGACCCCUGCUGGUGCCUGGAGGCUCGGUUUGUGGAGAAGCACAGUGCAGUCAUGGUUUAGACAAUUACAUUACACCAGAGCAGUGGCGGUCAGCGAGGAACAGAAGCUUGACUCAGGUUGCCAACUCACCAUCAGGCCUGUCACCGUCUGCAGAUACACAAGAUCCUCCCCUCCGUGUAAGAGAGGAGCAGUAUGAUAAUGUUGGUGAUAAGUUGGCAGGACUGAAGAGGAUGGUGCCCUUACUGCCACCCUCUGCCCCUCCACCUCUGCCUGUUGCACUGAGCAUGCAUAGGCCAACAUCAGCCUGUGGUAUGUUCCAGUCUGCCCAUGAAGCUCCUCCGUCGGUAUCCCUGGACACUGGGCUCCAUUGUGACAGCACUGUUAAUUAUGUUAACAUCCCCAUCAGCCCCCUGGCAGCUAGAACCAACAGAGAGCUCCUCUACACAGAGCUGGACCUGCAGGAGCCCAGCUCAGCUCCAGUCUCCAGUUCGUACAGUGCUGUCAGAGGUAACACUUUGCAGCUCUGUAGACCCAGUACGAACACAAAGCCUUAAGUGGCCAUUUUAGAUCUCUGACUUUUUCUGCUGCCUCUUUUUUUUCUAUCUGGCUUCUGAGGGAUAUGUCAGCUUUUGCAUUCCACGUCUUACCAAUAGGCCUAAUGCAUUAUUAGCAGGUACAGCAUUAUUGUUUGACACACCAGCUAUCUAUCAUACAAGUAUGUGUACUGAUUCUAACAACUGCACAACCAAAGAAAUAGAUGACACUGCUACCAUUAUGACAAAACAAUUUAUUUUUUACAUUUUUUUUUUUUUUUUUUUUUUUUUUUUGAGAGCAGCUAUUGCUGCUCAUUUUCCAGUGGUCCUUUUUGCACUUCGUAUCAAGUAGGGCCGAUUGGUACACUGAAUUAAUUUGGAAAAACUAUUUAUUCAUGAAAAACAGAAUCUUUGAGUACUAAUUUAUGUGGUAUAAUUACACAUUGACCUGUGAAAAUGAUGGAAUACAAAAGUGACAAAGCAUUUUACAACAAUCUUAAUUCUAAGCUGUAAAUUGGCAAAUUAAAAAGAACAUCUUUUUUAUGCAUUUUUACAAUCAGGUUAAAUUAAUGGUAGUUAUAUUCCAGUUAAAACAAAGUAAUUGAUCAAUGCAUCUCAGGGAUUGACAGGUCACUGCAUGUGACAAUUUUUAAGUUACAGAACACAAAGUAGAAACACCAAUGUCUUCUCUUUUCUCCGCCAUUUCCACUGAUUUUCCUGACCAGAAGAGGGCUCCAUCAGGUACGCCCACCUCAACAUCACUGCCAUGGAAACAGCUCAGAGAGUGGUGGCGGAGCGUGUUCAGGGCAGGGAGGAAGGACUGACUGAGCUGGAGAGCAGGUGGUGAGGGCCACCAAACUGACUAUGCAACGCCCAACUCUACACUUCAUUGCAGAUUGUCUCUGAAUAAGCUCAAGUGCUUAAUUGCAGUUGGUCAUGCCAGUCCUUGCUACUUGUACUUAAACACACACAAACACAAGUGAACAGAAAUUUCCACAAACAAUCCAUUCCACUAAGAAUUAGAAGGAAAUGUCUGGGAAGUCUCUCUUACGCAGCUGCCAUCUUGGAUGUGUGUUGUAAGUUCUCAUAUUCUUGUACUUAGUGCUUGACAUUUUACCCCAGAAAUGUUUGUUUUGCUGCAUGGCACUUAUGUAUGCCUUUUUUAGAUUCUCUCAGGUGAUAGUUGAGCAUUGGUAUAAAUAGCCUUAAUUAUGAGGGAAUGGUACUGAUAUUUUAGAUGAGAGAAAAAGAGAAUUUUUCUUAAAUUCCAGCUAGAUUUAGUUUCUACAGGCUGUCUGUUUUAUUUGUUCUUACCUCUUUUACUAAGAGUUGAGAUAUCAAUGAGAUAAAGCUGCACUCGAGUCCCAGCCUGCUUGGCUAUCAUUCCACAUCAGAUCUUAAAAGCAUUUGAAGCAUCUUGGAGUUAUAUCUUGAGUACAAAUUACAUUAAUCCAGGCCUGUGUGGCCCUACCAGGACAUGGCUGAGUAAUCAGCCAGCCAGCAACAUUAUUCAUCACAGUAAUCAAUGUCUCUGCUUCUGGUCUGAAUUGAUGAAUGAAAAAGCACAGUGUGUGUUCCAUUUCUCACCUCCCUCUUGAUAUCAUCAGGACAAACUGCCUAACAUUUGGGGCUAAUUUAUUUUUUUGAUGGCAGUUCCCCACCAGUGUGUCUGAGUAGGAAGAAAAAUAAAAUAAAUCGUAACCAAAAAUGUUAAAGGGAUAGUUUAGAUGUUCUGAAGUGGGGUUCAAUCAUUAGUUAAAGUGUACGCUGUAUUUAGAAUAUUUUCAGUCACUGUCAGACAGCCCUUUCCUUUGACACAACAUUGUAUCAAGUAGAAUGUCCGUAUUCCUGUCUCCCUCUGCUGUAUCUUCUGUUCUUCUGUAUACUCUAUACUGGCUAAUAAAGGUUUCCUCUCGUCUCCACAGUGAACAGCAUUUCACCGUUGCUGUCAUAAUUCCUCAUACAAUCCCACUUCACAUUAUCCAAACUAUCCCUUUAAUGUCACUACAGGGACAGCUUUCCUCUACAGGAUUUGUAAAUAGUAACUGCUUUUAUUUAUGGCAAGACAAUAAAAAUGAUAUUAAACUAUAUUUUUUAAAAUAUUACUGUUUGUAUGUUGUUGGCACAUGUAUCGUACUGAUUAAAGAUUUCUGUUACA